AUGCUCAAGUUCUUUCGCCAAGACGGGUCGAAUGAGGACAAAGAUGAUACGAAAAAGCGUGCAUCAGUCCUCGAACGCGACGUAUCGUCGCCGCCGGAGCGCCAGGAGCACGGCACGGACGACUUGUCCGAGAGCGCGCAACGCUCUCGUGUUUUAUUCGGGUUGAUUGUGGGCUCCAUGGUAGCGCUCUGGGGACGGCGUCACCGUCCGAAUCCUAACAUGGAAAAACGACCAGCAUCGAACGGUUCUGGUAGAGAGAGACAGUCUCGAUGUUCAGCCUUGGUGAGCGCUGCCCCUGUAAUUCGCAUGGGACUAGUCGCUGACGUGCAGUACGCUGACAAGGACGAUAAAGAGGUCAGCGGCUCGACGCGCCACUACAGGAACGCCAUUCAUAAGCUGGCACGAAUCGUGGAGGCUUUCGAUAGCGAGGCGGGGUCGCUGGACCUUGUGCUCCAGCUCGGAGACCUAGUCGAUGGCCAGGAGCAGCUCGAUGGAUCGCGCGCCGAUCUUGAGCUCGUCCUGGGUCAGUUCGCUCGUCUUCCCGUGCCGCUGUACCAUGUCUUGGGUAAUCAUUGCCUCAAAUGCGGUCGCGACUGGCUUCUGAAACGUCUUCGCACACGUGCGUUCUACGAUAUGCCGCUGCGCGCACGGAUGUCAUCGGGCCCGAGCGCAACAACCACUCCGUCGGAAACGCCGUGGCGGCUCGUUGUACUCGAUUGUCUGGAUAUUUCAUUGCACUGGGAUGAUCCAGAAGACCCACGACGUUUGCAAGCAAAGCGCUAUUUAAAGGAACACGCCAGCACGGCUCCGAAUGCGGUGCCAUAUAAUGGCGGUAUCGGAGAAACGCAGCUGGUUUGGCUCGAGAACGUUCUCGCCGAGGCUCGGACGCGACAGGAGUUCGUCAUCGUCGCCGGGCACGUGCCGAUCGCUCCGCAGAGCGCGGCACCGUCUCUGUUACUUUGGAACUACGAGGAGGUUAUGGCCCUAUUCCGGGUCUACCGCGACGUCGUGAAGCUCGUACUAGCCGGCCAUGAACACGACGGAGGCUAUGCCCAGGUUGAUGGCAUUCACUACAUCACACUGCAUGGAGUGGUGAAUUGCACCGACGGUGACGAUAACGCCUAUGCUAUUCUUGAACUUGUAGGGCACUCGUUUGCUCGCUUACAUGGAUUUGGACGCGUCGAGUCUCGUCUGCUGCUUUUCGACGCAUCCCCAUGA